CAAUCGCACUAAUUCCCCAUGCAAGUAAGAUUCUGUUAAAAAUAAUACAGAAGAGAAUUGAGCCAUAUUUAGAAAGAGAAUUGCCACUGGAACAGGCUGGAUUUAGAAAGGGAAGAGGAACUCGCGAUCAAAUUAGCAACAUCAGAUGGAUUCUAGAAAAGGCAAAAGAGUACCAGAAGGACGCCUUCUUUUGUUUUAUAGACUAUAGUAAAGCCUUCGAUUGUGUGGAUCACUCCAAGUUAUGGAAAGUACUCAGGAGCAUGGGAAUUCCUGAACACCUUAUAUCUUUAUUGAUGAGUCUUUACAAUGAACAAGAAGCAAAAGUAAGAACUCUAUACGGAGAAACUGAAUGCUUUAAAAUUGAGAAAGGGGUGCGACAAGGCUGCAUUUUGUCUCCAUAUCUGUUUAACUUAUAUACUGAAUAUAUCAUGAGAAUGGUUACUACAAAUGAAGAGUCCAUUGGUAUCAAGAUUGGAGGCGAAACUAUUAAUAAUAUAAGAUAUGCAGAUGAUACCACCCUUUUGACAGAAAGCAAAGCAGAUUUAGAAAAACUUAUCAUAAGGGUAAAAGAAGAAAGUGCUAAAUUUGGUUUGAAGCUAAAUGUAAAGAAAACUAAAGUAAUGUCAACUAAAGAGUUAAAAGAUUUCAUUGUGGAUGGUGAAAGAAUUGAAGUGGUAGAAAGUUACAUACUUUUGGGCUCAAAGAUAGAAAGGAAUGGAAGUUGUGAAGGAGAAAUCAGGAGGAGAAUUAAUCUUGGCAGAACAGCCAUGGCAAAUCUCACCAAGAUAAUGAAAGAUAAAGACAUUUCCAUUCAUACUAAGAAAAGAAUUGUAGAAGCAAUGGUUUUCCCUGUAACAUUAUAUGGCUGUGAAAGCUGGACUCUAAGGAAAAAGGAAAGAAAAAUGAUAGAUGCAUUCGAAUUAUGGGUAUGGAGAAGAUUACUUAGAGUUCCAUGGACAGAAAAGAAAACAAAUAUCUCAAUUUUAGAAAAAAUUAAGCCAAGCUUCUCCUUAGAGUCAAGAAUCUUAAAACAAAAAUUGACCUACUUUGGACAUGUGAUGCGUAAAGAAGUUUCCCUAGAGAAGACUAUUAUGCUGGGAAAAGUGGAAGGUAGAAGGAAGAGGGGAAGGCAACGGAUAAGAUGGAUAGAAGAAAUAGAAAAAGUCACAGAAAUGAAGCUGGAUGAGCUACGAGAGACAACAAGGGAAAGAUCAAGAUGGAGAAGACUUGUCCAUGAAGUCACCAGGAGUCGACGACGACUCGAUGGAACUUAACAACAACAAAAAGUU